CCCAACCGUUAUUCGCUGCCUGGAGUUGGUGCGGAACUCCAGUCACAGAGUGAAUGAAGAAAAGCCCUUCCAGAACCAGGAUGUUGUGUCUGGCCACAUUAGGCCAAACUGGUGCCCGACGAGUUUUGACUGCGACUCAGGGGAGAUUUAUGAGGGGCAGCACAUGUUUUUGUCACUUUGUCCCCGAGACCCAAACCAUUGGGCCUUCCUUUUCCUGUUCCUCCACCAGCCAUUACAGAUACUUUGGUGCCUCAGCUGCUCAUUGCAACUCUUCAUCAUCACCAUACCAGAAAAAACCAUCUUACAGUUACAUAAUUGUUGGGGCGGGGUCAGCAGGCUGUGUCCUCGCCAACCGUCUCACAGAGGAUGCCGAUGAGUCUGUGCUGCUGCUGGAGGCUGGGCCUAAGGACAUGCUGCUAGGCAGUUUACGACUGUCAUGGAAGAUCCACAUGCCAGCUGCGCUGACCUACAACCUUUGUGAUGACAAGUAUAACUGGUGCUACCAUACUUUACCUCAGACCCACAUGGACAACCGGGUGAUGUACUGGCCAAGGGGCCGUGUUUGGGGUGGGUCCUCUUCACUCAACGCUAUGGUGUACAUCCGUGGACAUGCUGAAGACUACAACCGCUGGCAGCGAGAGGGGGCUGAGGGCUGGGAUUAUGAACACUGUCUGCCUUACUUCAGGAAAGCUCAGUCCCAUGAGCAUGGAGAAAAUAGGUACCGAGGUGGCAGUGGACCUCUUCAUGUGUCCAGAGGGAAGACCAGCCAUCCUCUUCACAAGGCUUUUAUUGAGGCGGGGCAGCAGGCAGGGUACCCCUUCACUGAUGACAUGAAUGGAUACCAACAGGAAGGCUUGGGCUGGAUGGACAUGACCAUUUUUAAAGGGAGGAGGUGGAGCACAGCAAGUGCCUACCUGAGACCUGCUCUGGCUCGGCCUAACCUGGAAGCGGAAGUGCGCUGCCUAACAACCAAGAUCCUGUUUGAUGGAAACCGUGCCGUGGGAGUGGAAUACAUACAGAAAGGACAGAAGAAAAGGGUGUUUGCAGAUAAAGAGGUGAUAUUGAGCGGAGGAGCGAUCAACUCCCCUCAACUUCUCAUGCUGUCUGGUGUAGGAAAUGCCGAUGACCUGAAACAAUUUGACAUCCCUGUGGUUCAGCACUUGCCAGGUGUUGGCAGUAACCUGCAGGAUCAUUUGGAGCUGUAUGUCCAGCAGCAGUGCACUGAGCCUAUCACCCUGUACAAGGCUCAAAAACCUUUCCACAUGGUCAAAAUAGGCCUUGAGUGGCUCACCCUGUUCACUGGUUAUGGAGCCACAGCCCACUUGGAGAGUGGAGGGUUCAUCCGCAGUCGGCCGCACAUCACACAUCCCGACAUUCAGUUUCACUUCCUGCCCUCACAGGUCAUCGAUCACGGACGAGUUGCCUCUAAGAUAGAGGCGUAUCAGGUUCAUGUAGGACCAAUGAGAAGCACUAGUACCGGCUGGAUGAAGCUGAAGAGCACCAACCCUCUGGAUCACCUGAAUCUCCAGCCAAACUAUUUGUCCACUGAUAUCGAUGUGUGGGAGUUUAGGGAGUGCGUUAAACUCUCCAGAGAGAUUUUUGCCCAGAAGGCCUUCGACCCGUUCCGUGGUCCCGAAGUCCAGCCUGGUCCUCAGGUCCAAUCCGACACCGCCAUCGAUGCCUUUGUCCGCCAAAAGGCUGACAGCGCCUACCACCCAUCCUGCACCUGCAAAAUGGGCUCUCCCUCCGACCCGAUGGCAGUUGUCGACUCAAACACACGGGUUCUGGGUUUGGAGCGGUUGCGUGUGGUUGAUGCCUCCAUCAUGCCCAGCAUUGUCAGUGGGAAUCUAAACUCUCCUACUAUCAUGAUGGCAGAGAAGGCUGCUGACAUCAUCAGAGGUCGCCCGCCUCUUAUCGACCCAGGAGUUCCCGUGUACCAACCGCCGACACUCGACACACAGAGAUGAAUUCUGAGUUAUGGGUAUGUGUGGGUCAGAAACAGUUCUUAACACAAUAGGCAAAAACAGCAGUGAACCACUUAUCGUGUUCUUGAUUGUGAGAUGAUCAUUUAUCUUUUUGAUCUGAUUCUGUAAAUUAAUAAUCUGAGCAUGUUGUCUUUCACCACAUCUGAUUUGAACACAAGGUAACAUAUCGGUGUAAAAUGUGGCCAAUAGUCACAGGUUAACAAUAAUUAUGAAGGUUUGAUGUACACAAUCUAAAUUCAUUGCCAGAAUGGCGUUGAAUACAGCUGAUAUUAGCUGUUUACAUCUGAAAUUAAUAGUAUUUCAAUUGUUGCCAUGACUGUCUUCUGAUGAAGAGACGGUGGCCUUGUCAUUUGUCAUAUUUUUCUUUUUUUUUUUUUUCAAUGAUUUUGGAUUUGUUCCAUUGCAAAUAACAUAUGUAUUUAGUAAACUUAAAACUGAUUGGAUAAAACUUGCAGGCUCCCUGAUAAUGGUUUCCUCUUCUACCUCGAUGGUGAGACCAAUGACUGAAACUGUUUGAUGAGUCAACUCAGUUAACCUGAGCAGACAGAAAGAGACUGGACUAACCAAUACGAAGAUAAUAAUAACCAAGAUCAACAGAUUUGUACUUGUGCUUAAAUGUACUUCUAUAAGACACUUGAUUUUACAUAGAACUUGACUCAACUUUAUAAAUACUGACAUUUAUAUACAUUUAUAGAGUCAGCUGUGUGCUGAAACGUCAUGACAGCACAAUGUGGUUGCUAGGAAAGACGAUGAGCAUUUGCAUAAUUACUGUGGAUGUAAUGUAUAAUAGUUCUGGAGAAAAUUUUAGUUAAUUUCCCUUGCAUUACAUUGUCAAAUAUGAACAAUGCACCGACUUGGACGUUAGUGUUAAUAUGUGCAUGAAUCAUGUUUUUCACCGACUACAGUGAUUUAUAAGUCUUAAAAGAAAUCCAAUCCAUAAAGAAUGCCUAUAACAUUUUUUUAGGUAACAUUUUUUUAGCCCACAGCAAGCAUUCAAGCCAAGUACCACAGCAUGUGAAAUGUUUUAAAUGGGUCUCAAGUUUCACAAAGAGAAAAAUGUGAUCUCUGAAGUGAUCAUGACUCUUGUUGUCUGCCUGAUCAUCAUUUCAUGCAGUGUUUAUUUGUUUUUUCUCUGUUAUCUGAGUUUAUCACAAACAUAACAUCCAUGUUGCUUCCUGAGAACUUUCAGAUUGAACACUUUGACAAAAUACUGUUUUCAUAGGUUUGUUGCACUCGUUUUAACACAGUGUGAAGAUUCUAAAAAACAAUAGUUCUUUAAAUCCACCUGUAAAAAAAUAAUUUUGCCUCAUCUCUUGUCUUAUCUGACAGUUGAGUCUUAAAACAGUUUGGAGCCUUAUCUCCAGCUUGACAGCAAAUUGCAUCAGUUCUCUUGUGAAUUCCACAGUAUGCAUGCCACCCCUACCAAGUGUUGAAACCUGAGGUUUAGCAGGUUACUGAUGUAUUAAAUGUGCAUUAGACAACAAGGUGUGUCUGCCCCAGCCAAUAAGAAACAGGUAAAGUUAAUAAGUAACAAAUAGAGGGCAAAAGACACAUCUAUCUCAGACUCAACAGCCCCUGACUUGGGUUUUUUAAAUCUUUGGAAAGAAAAUGCUCACAGCUCAUUUUCUGUUUUGUCUGGGUUCAGAAAUGGAUUCAGUUCGUUCUGAUCAGGACGUCGACUUGAUCCUGACAGCAGUAGAGAUUAAAUGACUCACCCAUAUUCUUCCCAGGAAAGUGGGCUUGUUUUCUCGCAGUGAUUGGUAAACAUCCUCACUUUGUUGAUAAAAAGACUAGACAGGCAAACUUGUCACAACAGAAGGAAACAGGAACGAGAGAGAGGAGAAUCCAAUUGUGGUGAUACCAAAAUGAAAAUGGCCACACAAAAAAAAAAAAGAAAAAUCAGUUGCCUAUUUGCAUUGCCCACCAAAAUAUGAUGUAAUUACACUAUGAUAGCCUUACUUGAAGCUAUUACACUACUCUAUACAUGGUUCUAGAUUUCAACAGUGGAAUGAUCAAGCUUUUACUUCUGGCUAGUCUGGCGGCUGUUGCAAUAAAUAGAAAGUAAAUCUCAGACUAUCAAAUCUGGGUAAUUAUUGUGUUGAAAACACUAUAUUUUAAUAUUGUCUAAAAACUAAAAAGAUCUUUGUAGACAUCACGUUUUUCUAUGUUUACAAAUAAGGUUUUGAAAAUGAUUAUGUGUAACUGAUCAGAUCAAAUGACCUUGUUAAGAAUGAUAAUCUCUGUGAAUACAGUAUGUGACCGAUUUCGAUUUGGUUCAACCAGUUCUGAUAACAUUAGAGUUGAGCAGAUUUUUAAUUUUGAGACACUGAAAAUCUUUCUUGAAAUUAAAUUCAUUUUUUUUGUUAUCAGCUCUAAUGGAAACAGCCAAAUGCUAAAAUGAAAUCUAAUAGUGUCUUAUUAAGCUUUGCACUACGCUAUGAAGUUUCCUAGCUCAGCUUCAUUCAUGACAGUUAUUGUUUACAUUAUAUGCAGCCUUGUACAAUAUUUCUUGAAUGUUUAUAUCACUUGUGUCUUAAUGAAGGAGUAACACAUGGAUCAUAAAGGGGAAAUGAUUGUGAAAAUUCAUAGAGCUGGACAACAGUCCUAACAAAGAUCCUAAGCAGGUUCAUUUCAGGCGAGAAUUCAUAUGUACAAAACAGGGUUUUUGUGUUGAUUAGAACAAAUUCUAAGGUACAAGUACUUAUGCUACAAAGUGCUAUAUUUUUUUUUUUAAUUUUCAUACAACAAAUGGGUAGAAAGCAGAAAUGUUUAAAUUCACUUACUUUUUACAAACACUGUGCAGAUUUUAUACAUUGUUGUCAUUUCCUAAGCAUCUGUAAAGCAGUGCAACAGUACAAAAAAUAAAGCUGUGUGUUGCACAACAAAGCUUUGGGUUGGCAAAUUUUGUCAUUUCGCUUCUUUUAAUGAAAAUUUGGACACAUCUGGAAAGUUGUUCCUGAAAAGUCGAGAGGUUUUAUUGACUCAUGAAGUAAAUCUGAACUGUAUCUUUGUCAUUAUUUUUAUUUUGUUUGUAAAACCAAUUAAUGAUGACACCGAAACACUCAAUUUAAUAAAACAUUUGGUAUUGAUCAAGUGAU